ACAUUCAAAGUUUCACAAAACUUCAACAGGAAAAACAAUCACAAAAGUCCAAAUCCCUUUGUCUUGUAAUUUUAUUUCUCAGGAAACUAUGGAUUCUCAGCAACAAUUCCGUGCUGGUGAGAGCCGCGGCCAAGGACAGGCCAUGACUGAAGAUUGGCUUCAAUCUGCCAAAGAUACUACAAAUGCAGCACGUGACAAGGUGUCUGAUGUCACUCAUCACACCAGCAACUCUGCCCAGCAACACAAGGAUGAGAGUGCUGGCUUCCUCCACCAGAAAGGAGAGCAGAUGAUGAAUAUGGCACAAGGAGCUGUGGACUCUGUGAAGAGCACACUUGGAGUGGGUGACAACAGCAACAUCAAGAAGUGAAUAAAGACACUCCCUCCCUCCUUCCUUCCCUUCACUUCCCUUCUUUUUCAUGUCUUUGUUUUUAGGGUUUUUUCUUCUGUUUUCAUGUAAAAGACUAAAAUAGAGAUGAUUGUUUCUCUCUUUUAUGUCUUUUUUGGUAUUUAAUUUGUGUUUUCUAGGCAAUUAAUUAAUUGUUUAGUAAGUGAUGAAUGAGGAAGAGAGGCUGUAAUAAGGGCAGAUGAGGUGCUCCUGUAUACUUCUUUUGCCUUUUUUUUUUUUUGGUAGGGUUUUGCUUUUCCUCAAAUUGGAGGAUGAAUUCUUUCAUUAUUAUGUGAGUUCAUUCAUGAAGAACCCAAUGGGAGAUGUUGUAAUAAAGCUUAAUAAUAUAUAAUAUGUUUAUUUGUUUAAA